UCUCAGCCCUGAUUCAUUCCCUGCCAGUAAACGGUCCUUUCCGUCGCUUAUCUCCGUUAUUUGCAUCUGCUACGAGACUAGGACGAAUAUCUAACCAACAAUAAAGGAAAAGAAUCAAGCUACAUCUUCUUGUUCUGUAUAAUUUCUGUAAAUAAAUUCUACUGCGACACAUCUCAAGCGCGGGGAUUGCGUUUUUCUUCUUUCUUUGUUUUACCAUUUUCAUUAAAAAUGAAAACGAAAUUCAUUAAUGGGGUUUCUUCUUCCCCCUCCAUGUCGCUCGGUCUACUGGUGACCGAAAAUGCCCUGCAGGUCCAGCCAAACACCCAGGAGGACCGCAAGGAGCUGGUCCGCCCCGACCAGCCCGACCUGGAAACAAGCCACAAAGCGUAUCUGUGGUGCAGGGAGUUCCUGCACGGAGCCUGGAAAAGGCUCGCCGAGGACGAUUUCCAGAUUACCAUCAUAAGGGGUGGUUUGAGCAACAAGCUCUUCCUGUGCAGUCUCCCUGACAGCCUGGAAUCUGUCGGGGAUGAGCCGAGGAGCAUCCUGCUGCGCCUCUAUGGGGCCAUCCUGCAGAUGUCCUGUAAUAAAGGAGAUUCUCGACAGUCAAACAAAGAAAAUCACUUCCAAGGGGCAGAGGCCAUGGUGCUGGAAAGCGUGAUGUUCGCCAUCUUGGCAGAGAGGGAACUGGGGCCUAAACUCUAUGGCAUUUUCCCUCAGGGCCGCCUGGAGCAGUACGUCCCUAGCCGUAAACUGGACACCUGUGAGUUAAGUGAUUCCAGCAUCUCAGCUGAGGUUGCAGAGAAGAUGGCCAAGUUUCAUGGGAUGAGGAUGCCCUUCAACAAGGAGCCAAAGUGGCUGUUUGGAACCAUGGACAAGUACCUGAGCCAAGUCAUGAGGCUGAACUUCACCAGAGAGUCCCACCUGCGCCGCUUCAACCACUUGCUCGCCUACAACCUGCCACAGGAGAUGGAAAUGCUGAAGUCGCUGCUGGAGUCCACCCAUUCUCCUGUGGUGUUCUGCCACAACGACUGUCAAGAAGGGAACAUCCUGUUGUUGAAGGGCCGCCAGAGCUCAGACAAACAGAAGCUGAUGCUUAUUGACUUUGAAUACAGCAGUUACAACUACAGGGGAUUUGAUAUUGGCAACCAUUUCUGUGAAUGGAUGUACGACUACAACUGUGAGGAGUUUCCCUUCUUCAAAGUCAAUACCGAGAACUAUCCUUCAAAAGCCCAGCAGCUCCACUUCAUUGAAAGCUACCUGCGUGAGUCCAAUCAAGGGUUUGACAUCUUGAGUGCAGACGACCAAAUGAAGUUGAAAGAGAACAUGUAUGUGGAGGUCAACAGAUUCUCCCUUGCAUCUCACUUCUUUUGGGGUUUAUGGUCCAUCAUCCAGGCCCGGCUGUCCACGAUCGAGUUUGGAUACCUGGAGUACGCCCAGGCCAGAUUUGAUGCCUACUUCCAGCAGAAAAAGAUCUGGGCCCCUUAAUGGAGCAAGAUGACUGGAAGAUUUGACAGCCAGAAUGUCAGGAAGUGGACAUACAGGCUGAUAUAGAUUCCACGAUCUACGCUUUACUUACACUCCCUGUCUUGAAGGGAUCUGCAGCCUACUGUUGGUGUUGUGUUGACCAAAGCCGAAGCUUAAUCUCAUGGCUUGGCGCUUAAAGUAUGCCCAUUAAUCCAUCGUAGCUCAAAGUUUACACUGCGCUACUACCUGAAGUCCAACAACAACAACAACAACAUAAAUAAAUAAAAAACCAGAAAGAGAAAGAGAAGACAUCAAAUUUUAUUAACUUUCAUUAUCAGGCAGAAGUGCUCUGCUCCUGUCUUAUUCAAACCAUAUUGCUAACAGUGGUUUUGAGAAGGAGAAUGGUGGAUUCCAGUUACAGCUAGAUCGGAAAUGUUAACAUUGCAUCAAUGUGUAUGUAUAGAUCAUUCGCUAAUGAAAAUGCUCUAUGGGAAAAAACCAAAAUGCGAACUUCUCUGGGUAGUCUAGCUCACUGAGGAAGCCAGUUGCUAACAACGUAAUAUUACAUUAUAUAUAGAUUACUAUAUAUACAUUUCAAUGUGCCAGUAGCCUGGUCCUAUCUGGUACUGGUGGGCUGAAUAGGCUAGUGUAGUGGAAUCAUGACUUGAUUUAUGGGUCUAAUUUUUGUAUACUUGCUGUUUGUUUGAUUUCCUUUUUUUAAUGGAUAUGUAGGACAUUGUUUUUUGGCCAGGGCUGAUAGUUAUUUUGUAUUGUCAAUGAGGUGACUGUUUUCCUGGGUGGCUCCACCAAAUCAAAACCAAGUCAUCAAACUCCAGGCGUCUUUGUAUGCCUUAUUGUUUGUGACAUUUUUACAAGUAAUCCUCCAACAAAGAGUGGAGGUGUGGAGGGUUUUAAAUUAUUGUUUCUGAUCACUGUGACAAGGAGAUUCAAAUCUUCACAUUUGUGUGUAAUUUUACAAAGUAGGCCUGCAUUGUCUGAUGGCUGCUAAGUUUUGUAUUGGCAAUCAUGUAAUAGAGAGGAGCUUUACAGUGCACAUAACAGUGGUGAUGGAUUUGGUGAUUGGACACUGGUGUUUUGGCGCAAGUGCCUGCUACCAAGUUGCCUCAUCAUUGCACACAUAAUUCAGAAUAAUGAUUCAGUGAUCUCAUCAUGCAGCAUAGCCAAUUUUUGCAUUAAUUAUUACUUAAUAAGCUGCAAAUGAACUGCUGUGCAGUUAGUCUGCUACCACCUUUAAUCUAAUAGCUCAUCAGGAGAAAUACUUUCCCUCAAAUCUGAGCUUAUAUUAUGACUGCUGUGUACUAAAGCUUGGUAAAAUACUGACUUUAGGCACAUAUAACAGGAGGAAGGACUGUGCUGACUUUUAACAGUUCUAAUUUUAGAGGUUAUCCACUGCAGAUGGUUAGUUUUGAAAAUAGUGAUAGUGUUGAGAAUGAAAACUGUGACAAAUUAACACCAUCAAGUAAUUUUACACAAAACACUUAAAUAUGUAUCACCUACUGCUAAGACAGCCUUCACUUUGCAUUUUAAUGUUUUUUUUUUAAUGUGAAUUACAAAGACCAUUAAAACUGAUGUAAGACCCUGUAUUGCCAGGGUAUCAAAAGUUGACUGAGCAGACUAAAUUGAACUUCAGCUAAGCCACACUUGCUAAACUAUCUUUCUGUUUUGCUACAUGCAUAUCAUAAAACACAGAAACAUUUAGUUAAAAAAAGUGAAGACCAAACUGGGAUCUGUGCUAGUUGUACAGCUAGCUUUAGCUAAUGCUAAUUUACAGUCUCAUUCUGACCUGCGUAAGGCCACUAAUUUUAAUACAUUUACAACUUUACUUUAAUUGGACCUAUAAUUGAACCACUUAAAACUACAGCUAAAAGCCAAUCAUAAUGCUGUAUAAGAGUAACAGAAGCUAACUAGCACAGAUGUCCAGCACUUUUUUGAUUGUUGUUAUUUUUCCCUUUUCUUUUAUUCAACAUAUGUAGUUUUUAUUGGGUAUGAGCACCUUUCAAGCUUUAAACCAUUUUGUUGCUUUUUUGCUACUUUUGCCUAAUUUUGCAAGUUAGCAUUACUCUCCAUUAAUUUGGACAAGCUAACAGUUGUUAUUGUAAGCCUAACUUCCAAAUGAGCUCAUACACAAUGAAAACACUC